AUGAAUUAUAACCAGUUAGAAGAACAGGGAGAUAAAGAGUUGUUUCAUUUUCUAGCCAACUCACCAAAGGAUUUUAGAGAGGGAGAAAGAAUUAGAAAAUACCAAUUAAAGAAUGGGGACUAUAUCCAUUGUAUUCUAUGGAAUAUGCACUUUUAUAUUACAGGCACAGAUAUUGUGAAGGUUCUUGUGUGGAGAUUCCAGAAUGCAGGGCGGCACAUUUCCAGCCACAAAAAGUUUGAAGAAGGAGUGUUUUCAGAUCUAAGAAAUCUGAAGCCUGGUAUAGAUGCCACCUUAGAAUCCCCUAGGUCAGACUUUCUUGAGUUUCUGUACAAAAACGGAUGUAUCCGAACCCAAAAAAAGCAGAAAGUAUUUUUCUGGUACUCAGUUCCACACGAUGCCCUUUUCUGCGAUGCUCUUGAAAGGGAUUUAAGGCGAGAAACCAACCUGUAUACCUACAGCAAAUAUAUGUGCGGUAUGCCCGGGGUGCCUAGGCCACAAACAUUUGCGCAGCAGAAGAGAAGCCUGAAGACAUAUAUUAGAGACACCAAGAUGGAGGAAAAGAAGAAAAUGCUUCCUCUAGUUAAGCCAAUGCAGCGCCCCAAGGAAAGGCCUGAGAUGUCUUCAGUGGAGAUUGAUUUGUUUAAAGACUCAACUCUUCCAAACCCCACGCCGGUGUUUACCCCGGCUGCUCCUUCAUAUACCUCGCACAUCCAGCAGUUUAUACAGCCUACAGCAGCAAAGCCCGAAACAAAUACGUAUAGCUUUAAUGAACUUGAUUUUUUCUCUGAUGAUUCAGCAUUCAUUGAAAGCAUCAUAGGAGACAAUUUCUCUUUUCCACAGCCAUUUGAGAAAUCUUUGAUAUUUGACACGGGCUGCAGUAAUAAGAAGUCAGAAUUAGACGACUUUUCGUUUAUUAACCCGAAAAAACUUACAUAUGGGAGCAGCAGUGGUGGAUUUCAAAGAGGAUAAAUAAAAAGUG